AUGGGCGACGCCCUAUUCGCGCUCCCGCCGCCGCCUGAGUGCCCGCCUUGCAACCCGUUCAACUGCGUCCUGCCCGCGUUCGGCUGCCUGAACAACGGCGUGUGCAACAGCUUCAACGGCCAGUGCGUGUGUCCGCCCGGGUUCGGUGGCGAGGACUGCUCAAAGCCCUUGUGCGGCUCGCUCGCCGACGGCUCGGAGCGCUACCCGCGCGAGGGCGACACGUGCGACUGCAAGCCCGGCUGGGGCGGCAUCAACUGCAAUUUGUGCGAGACGGACGAGGCGUGCGAGGACCUCGUCGGGCGCGAGCCGGCGGCGGCCCUGUCGGUGCGUGGCGGCGGCGGCAAGGACGACGACGACGACAAGGCCGUGUGCUACAAGGAGGGCUACGGCGUCAAGGAGAUGUACCAGAUGUGCGACGUGACGAACCGCAAGAUCCUCGACAUGCUCCCGAACCGGCCGCCGCAGGUCACGUUCACGUGCGACAUGGCGGCCCAGUCGUGCGGGUUCCAGUUCUGGAUCGGCCAGAAGGAGUCGUUCUACUGCGGCUUGGACAACUGCACGGCCACGCACGAGGUCGGCUUCGACGCCAACUCGACCGAGUACCGCUGUGAGCAGGUCGAGUGCGCGUGCAUCCCGGGCAGGAUGCUCUGCGGCGAAGACGGCAGCGUCGACAUCUCCGACUUUCUCACCGAGGAGAUCAAGGGCCCAGGCAAGUUCACGACGCGCACGGGCGAGCCGAGCAAGUUCGAGGAGCCCGCCAUGAACCAGCUCAUCAACGACAUCUUUGGCGACACGCACAUCACGCUCAACUGCAAGGCGGGCGAGUGCCUGCGCAGGAGCGACGUCCCGGGCUUUGUCCGUCCGCCAAAGCCCAACAGCCGCACGUGGGUCGUCGUCAGUAUCAUCACGGUCGUCGCCGUCCUCCUUCUCGCGCUUGGCCUCUUCUGGUACUUUGGGCGUCGCAGCUCUGCCGUCGAGUACUCGUUCCUCGGCGGCCGGAUCCGCCUCCCGGCAAACGGCUCGGCCGCCAACGGGCACGCCGACGCGACCAAGUCGCUCCUCGAGGACCACAUCCCGACGGCGCUCCAGUUCUCGAACCUGUCGUACACGCUCCCGUCGGGCAAGCGCCUGCUCGACUCGAUCUCGGGCGCCGUUCAGCCGGGCGAGGUCAUGGCCGUCCUCGGCGCGUCGGGCGCGGGCAAGUCGACCCUGCUCGACCUCCUCGCGCGCAAGUCGAAGCGCGGCGCCGUCUCGGGCGAGAUCCUCGUCAACGGCCGCCACGUGUCGGCGACCGAGUACCGGCGCGUCGUCGGCUUUGUCGACCAGGAGGACACGCUCAUGGGCACCCUCACCGUGUUCGAGACGGUCCUGUACUCGGCCCUGCUGCGCCUCCCGCGCGACAUGUCGUUCGAGGACAAGCGCAUGCGCACGCUCGAGACGAUGCACGAGCUCGGCAUCCUCGCGAUCCGCGACAGCCGCGUCGGCGAGAGCGGCGCGAGGGGCAUCUCGGGCGGCGAGAAGCGCCGCGUCUCGAUCGCGUGCGAGCUCGUCACGAGCCCGUCCAUCCUGUUCCUCGACGAGCCGACCUCGGGCCUCGACUCGUACAACGCGUUCAACGUCGUCGAGUCGCUCGUGCAACUCGCGAGGACAUACAAGCGCACCGUCGUGUUUACGAUCCACCAGCCCCAGAGCAACAUCGUCGCUCUGUUCGACAAGCUCGUCCUCCUCGCCCGGGGCCGCGUCGUCUACUCGGGCAAGGCCGACGAGAGCCAGAGCUACUUCGAGAGCAUCGGUUGCGCGUGCCCGCCAGGCUUCAACAUCGCCGACUACCUCAUCGACAUCACGGCGCAGAAGGAGAAGAACCUGUCGUCUGAGCCCACCGUCGCCGACGCCCUCGUGCAGCUCGAGCGCUCGCCGACGAGCGACUCGAGGCCCGACCCGGAGCUCGGCGUCAACAGCCGCUCUCGCACGCCCUCGUCGGCCUCGGCCAACGACACGGAGCUCGCCACUCGUCACCCGUCGGCCACCUCGAACGGGCCCAUCCGGCGCUUCUUCUCGACGGCGUCGGUGUCGUCGUCGUCCGGCAGUGCGACGCCCGUCCAGGCGCCGCUCCCGAGUGAGCUCGCGCGCCUCGUCUCGGCCUUCGCGUCGAGCGGGCCCGCCCAGCGCACGCAGCGCGAGAUCCUCGCCGCCAAGCAGGGUGGCGCGAGCGGCGGGCGCGGCGCGGCGGGCGGCGCCGAGAGCGACUCGCUGCGCAACUACCGCCGCGCCACGUGGUGGACCCAGUUCACGAUCCUGAGCGGCCGGUCGUUCAAGAACCUGUACCGCGACCCGAUGCUCAUGCUGUCGCACUACGCCGUCGCCGUUCUCGCCGCCGGCAUCUGCGCCUUCCUCUUCCGCGGUCUCACGCUCGACAUCCCCGGCUUCCAGAACCGCAUGGGCAUGAUCUUCUUCGCCCUCGCCCUGUUCGGGUUCGGGUGCCUCACGACGCUCGCCACGUUCUCGCGCGAGCGUCUCCUGUUCACCCGCGAGCGCGCCAACGGGUACUACAACCCGCUCACCUACUUUGCCGCCAAGCUCCUGUUCGACGUGAUCCCGCUCAGGGUCAUCCCGGCGUUCGUCUUUGGCGCCAUCGUCUACGCCCCGGUCGGCCUCGUGCCCGAGAUCGUGUCGUUCUGGCGCUUCAUCCUCGUCCUCGUCCUGUUCAACUUGGCGUCGUCGAGCGUCGUCCUGCUCCUGUCGAUCGUCAUCAAGGACCAGGGCGUCGCCAACCUCGUCGGCAGCCUCGUCAUGCUCUUCAACCUCCUUUUCGCCGGCCUCCUCAUCAACAAGGACAAGCUGCCGCGGUACCUUCAGUGGCUCGAGACGGCGUCCUUCUUCCACGCCGCGUUCGAGGCGCUCCUUGUCAACGAGGUCCGGUACCUGCAGCUCAAGGACCACCGCUACGGCGUCGACAUCGAGGUGCCCGCCGCGACGAUCCUGUCCAUGUUUGGCUUCCGAGCGCAGGCCUUCUGGUUCCCCGACGUCACGCUCCUGGCCGCCUACAUCGUCGGAUUCGUCAUCCUGUCGUAUCUCGCGCUCGUCGUCCUCGUCAAGGAGCGGCGGUAGACAAGCAGGAGGAGAGUUAGACGGCCAGGAGGCGGCCUGCUGGAUCUAUACUUUCUCGAGCCCUCGUUCUCUUUCUCUCGCGAUGCAACGUGUACAGACUCUCGCAGCGAC